AUGGCCGACUUCCUGACGAACCUGGACAACCUGCACGACCACCUGGCAUCCACCUAUCCAGGAACGCGAGCUCCCUCUUUUGGCGUAAAACCAGGUCCCAGCGGUCAAAUACUCUUACAUUACUACAAUGACCGGAAAGGCCUCCAUCCAGUCGUGCUUGGAAUCGUUAAAGUGGCGGGGAAAGAGAUCUUCAAUACGGAGGUCAGCGCCAACAUCUCCGUCGUGUCAGAAUUCGGAGACAGAGCUCACGCGACUAUGGAGGUGACCGAGCAGAACAAAGAAGGCAAGAGCUGCCUGCUUCGGAGUGGCAGCAAGGCAUCCGAGACGCUGAGUAAAUUGCGCGAGGACCUGGCCAUAGGUCGGUCGGGUGGUCAGGUCGAAUGCCUGUUGCUCGAUUGCGACGAGAACUUCUUUGGUGAGGACCUGACCGAUAACUGCCAUGCGAUGAGUGUCAUUGCUGAUGGCAGGGGAAUGGCAAACACCGUUUUCGUUGUGCGGACCAAAGAAGGCGUGCUCAAGCCUCGCGGGUCUGAUAACUCUCAGCACGACGGCGGAGACGGCUCGAGCCCUGCGGUUCUACGACUCAAGGGUCAGAUGGUGUCGGUGGAAGAUGCGCAGAGCAUCCUGUUGUUGUGUUCACCGCGCGUUAAGGACAUCGGCGACAUGCAGCGAAUAGGGUUGUUCUUCAGCGAUCUUGCCAUACACGACCCUGCCAGGGAGCUGUUCCUACGAUCUCAUUACCAAUGUGGAGAGCGGGAGCUCAUCGAGAAGCAGGACGAGGCCACCGACAGAGUGCUCAUGUUGCAAUCCAAGCUGGACGAGGACAAGAAACUAACCGAGGAGCUAGUCCAUUCUAUACUGCCAUCUAAAGUGAGCGUACUUCUCAUGACACUUUCCAAGAAUUCUUAG